AUGACGCUGUUUACAGAUUUGCUAAAUUCUCUAGAGCUAAUCGACAUCCCACUGGGUAAUCAGAGCUUCACGUGGUCAAACAUGCAGCUGUGUCCUACCCUGGCCAAGUCGGAUCGGUUUAUCAUUUCCACUAAGUGGGAUCAUUCCUUCCCGCUUUCAAAGGAGAUUGCUUUACCGCGAAUCACCUCAGAUCAUGCUCCAAUUGUUCUGUCAACAGCGAAUAAGAGAACUAGUCGGUUGUUCAGAUUUGAGAAAGUAUGGUUAACGCAUGAAGACUUUCAUUCUCAGGUGCCUGUAUGGUGGGAGGAACUUAAUCUCAACGGACCCAGUGCGCUUACCUUCGCCGCCAAACUAAGACAUACCGUAAAAGAAUUAAGGAGUGGUGCAAGGUACAUUUCUAUGGUGGAGAGACGGAAUCAGUUCAAGCGGCAAUUGUCAAAAGUAAUCCUUGACGAGGAAAUAUUGUGGAAGACGCGCGAAAGGCAACACUGGCUCAAAGAGGGCGACGGAAAUACAAAGUUCUUUCACGCUAUGGCUAAUGGGAGACGAUGA